AUGGCAGACAGCGGUGUCCAAUACCACCACCACGGCCGGUUCAAGGUCCACGGGGGCGUCCUGCCUGACGCGGUGACGGCGUACCAGACAUUUGGGGACGUGUCGAACCCUUGCAUCGUGUUUCCGACGUGCUACGGGGCGAAAUUGGCGCUAGGAAGCCAGAUGUACCUUGUCGGGGAGAAUAAGGCCCUGGACCCGCGCAGGUAUUUCGUCGUGACCUUCGCGCUGUUCUGCAACGGCGAGCCGCCGCCAUACAACGGCCCGUACUUCCCCGCGGUGUCGUACGCGGACAACAUCCGCGCGCAAUAUGCCGUCCUCCAGCACUUGGGGGUCUCCAAGGUUCGCUGCGCGAUCGGCUUCUCGAUGGGAGGGCAGCAGGCGUACCACUGGGCGGCGAUGUACCCAGACGUGGUGGAGAAGUUCGUGGCCAUCUGUUCGUCCGCGCGGACGAGCCCGCACAACAUCUGUUUCCUCGAGGGCCCGAAGGCGGCGAUGAAGGCGGGUGCCGACUUUGCGGAGGGCCACUAUACCGCGCCGCCCGAGCGGAGCAUCCGCGCGUUCGGGCGGGCGUACAGCGCAUGGGCGUACGGGCAGGCGUGGUUCCGCCAACACUUAUACAAAUUCGGCGGCGCGUACCCGACCCUGGACGCAUUUCUCCGCGAGGUCUGGGAAGGUCGGUACGUGGCGAACUGGGACGCGAACGACAUGCUCGCGCUGCUCGAGACGUGGCAGCGAGGGGACAUCUCGCUCGUCGUCCCGGGUGUGGAGGACUUCGCAGGCGCGCUGGCGGGGAUCCGCGCGCGGGGGCUGAUUAUGCCGUGCCGGACAGACCUAUAUUUUUGCCCGGAGGAUAGCGAGCUGGAGGUGGCGGGCUUGCGAGACGGGGAGUUGGCGGUCAUUGAAAGCGUGUGGGGGCAUGCGGCGGGUGGAGGUGCGAACGCGGAGGACGUAACGUUCGUAACGCAGCACGUGCAGGCAUUCCUGGAGGACUAG